AUGCCGCCUAUCCUGCCUCUGGCUGACCCGUCACAAGCUAUCCCAUUCAGCAGCUAUACACCAUGUGUGGCCAUAGUGACUGGUAGCUCACAGGGCAUCGGAUACGAGAUUGCUCAUAGGCUUGCAGAUGAUGGCAUUGAUGUCGUGAUCAACGAUAUACCCUCAAAGCAAGCACAAAUCGACAAAGUCGUCGAAGAGCUUCGUAAGAAAGGCCGACGUGCAUUGGGAAUUCCUGCAGACGUAUCAAAGGAGGCGGAUGUUAUUUCUUUAGUUGAGAAAACAGCUCAAGAACUAGGAGGAGUUGAUAUAAUGAUUGCAAAUGCUGGAAUUACGAACAGAAACUCAUUUAUUGACACUACUGUUGAAACCUUCGAUACCAUCUAUUCUAUUAACAUGCGUGGGGUUUUCUUAUGCUACAAGCAUGCUGCUUUACAAAUGAUCAAGCAAGGACGCGGUGGAAGGUUGAUUGCGGCAAGUUCGUCAGCAGGAAAGCAAGGUAUUCAAAAUCUCGUAGCGUAUUCGGGCACAAAAUUUGCCAUUCGGGGCAUGACGCAAGCCGCAUCGAUCGAGUUGUACAGACAUGGAAUUACGGUCAACGCAUACGCACCCGGAUUUAUAAAUACACCGCUGAGCCUUAAUCCCGACGGAGUUAAUGAUAAUUGCGCUACGAGCAAGAAGCUCCUCGGAGCACCUGACGCACCAGUUGCGAAAGCCGAUACUGUUGCAAGCAUGGUAUCGUAUCUGGUAAAACCUGAAGCAUAUUUUGUAAAUGGACAAACCAUCAUUAUUGAUGGAGGUUUCCGUUUCGAUUGAAUAGACAAACUUCUCAAGAGUCAUUCGGAGUAUGGAGAAAUGGGAAAGUUCCAUUUCAAUUAUUGUACAACUUUGAGGCUAGUCUCCAGCUAAAAUUCAAUGUCUUCUACAACAAAAUGGCAU